AAAACAAAGAUGGCGGACACCGGCUAACACGAGUGGGCCGCAACUUGGAAUUUUUAAAAAAUCUUUUUAAGUGUUUAGUGGACACACUUUUUAUUUUAAUGACUACAACUAACACGUCCGAGCCCGCGGAGCUGAGCCAUGGACGGAGGAGAGCUGCGGGCUGGGCGCAUGCAGAGCUUCUCUAAGCUGCCUGUGUGGAUCAUAGAGCAUGUCUGGACUCACAAGAUGAUGGAUAUACAACAAGUUUUGGACCUGUCCAGCUGGCCAGAUGUGGACUCCCAACCUCUGAGUCUGGAAGACUCGUGGAGGCUGCGCGUCGUCUCUGCUCAGGUCUAUUCCAUCAUAAAGAGCAGGGACCUGGAGCACUUUGAGAGGGUGAUAGGGUUUCUGGAAACCACGUACCGACUUCUACCCAGACUGGUGCCUGCCAUCAAACACAUGAAGAUCAUGUUUGGCCUCAAGACCAUGGUCAUUAUGUGGAUGCUCAAAGAGGGCCGGGGAAUGGUUGACACCGUGUCAAAAAUCGGCCAGUUCUUCCCGAGCAAACUCCCCGAGUACCAAGACCAGUGUAGCCAACGUGAAAUGUUCCUCAUGAGGAAGAACCACCUGGACUUUAGGACUCUGGCACAAACACUUGCUAUGGACAAAGACAAACUUGAACAUUACAUUAAGAAUGACGUGGACGAGCAGUAUGGGGAACGGUAUGCCCAGAAAGUCGAGGACAGGCUGCUGCAUUAUCUCCAUGAGCUGGAUGCUGUGUUACAAGGAGAUACCUACAUUGAUAAGAUCCUGAAGAAACAGAGCCCUGUGACUGAAGAGGAGAAGCUACUUUUAGAGGUAAUAAGCUCUGACUCCACCACCAUAGCUGCGACCCUGAAGAAGCUGCUGCACUGCGAUGCUGCUUCCUGUCGUCAGUCGUCGAUAUCUCGGUCGCCUCAACUCUUUAAGUCGGCUUUGUAUGAAAGCUCUUCAAAGGUUCCUCUCAAGUCAGCAGAAAGCCAAACUAAUCCAGAUGUUCAUCCAGAGGAGGCUCCUCGCGAUGUGUCUGAAGACGGCUUCAGUUUUUCGGACGGGAGCUCAGACGUUAGAGGACAUCAGCAACCAGAGGAGGAAGAUGAGGUAAACAAGAGAGCGGAGGAAGAGGGCAGUCAGGGAAGCAGCACAAGUAUUCAGGAGGCGGCCCCCACCGCUCAGUUCUGCUCCAAACACCAGCGAUGGGUGAAGAGCAUCCUGCGGGGAUGCUCGGAGGAGCUUCUCCUUCAGGCCAACGUUUCCUCAUCUCCCCUGCUCUUCCCGUCAUCGUCUUCUACUUCUUCAUCGCAGGACCUCACACCAUCUGACCUCAUCCCCUGUCCGUCCGAUCAGCCACCUUCGCAGACCCCCAGCCCUCCUCGGGCAGCAGUCCAAGCAUCCAGAACAGCAAAACCCAAAUACAGGCGCAGCUCCGGGCCACUCGGAUCCUCAGGCGACACCUCACAAGCACAAACUCUGCCUCAGGCCUCGUCUGCUCGGGGCGCUCCACUGCCUGCUCUGCUGUCACCGGUGGUCCGACUGGUGAACAUUGGCUCCUUCGAGACGAGCUGUAAACACCAGCACGCAUCACCAAAGCAGCUUCUUCUGGCAGCUUCUUCCAGUUCGGAGAUGCUAAGUUCUCCACACCAUCACACCUCAGGAAACGUAAAAGACAAAAAGAGUUCAUCUCCCUCUGCCUGGUGUCAAACCCCGACUGAACAGAGAAAGCUCAGACGGGUCUGCAGUACCAACAGACACAAGGAGGAUUUGGAGGCAUUUGCUCAAAACCCCCAGCAGCUUGUUCAGGACCCAAGUACCUCUGAGAUGGGUGUUCCAGCCACAGCCAGUGACAUCAGUGUCUCUGGACCUCCUGAGAAAGGUGCUCAGUCAGAGAGUUUGUUCUCAGCCUGUGCUGCCAAUCAAAUCACACCAUCUUCCAAGUCAUCUAAAAAAGUCGCCCCUCGGAGCUCCCUUCGCCAUCGUCAGCCACAAAAGAACAGCAGACCUCGAUCAGGAACCGCCCGACGCUCCUCACGCUCCUCCUCUGCCGCAGGCAGGUCCAAAACCAGCCGAGGCCUCAGAGCUCAGCUGAGGCUAUCGCUGCCCAGUCAGGGUGUGCUGCUGCACUCCAAGCUGCUACAACCCUACGUGAGUCUUACCAGGCUGAGCUCUGAGCAGUGUCACCUAUCGACCCAAAGGAAAGCCUCAGCCGGGCAGGAAGAGCCCGUGGAGCAAGGCAGCGACAGCGAGGAAAGGAGGAAGCAAGAGGAGGAAGACUCUUCCUUCGAUGUGAACGCUCUUUACUCCACUGAUUCCUCAAGCAGUGACGGAGAGGAGUCACCUGACCGUGACCCUGAUUAUAGACCUCACAUCAAAAAGAAAAGACUUCUGUUAGAGUAUGAAAAUGCGAGAGUGCUCAGUCACGGUGAAGGCAGUUGAACUAAUUUCCCCUACUCGAGUACUCGAGGAUUAAAUCAAGUUUUUAGAGUAUUUUUAGAUGCCGCGUGAAGAUACAGCCAUCAGUGCUCUCUAAUGAUCUGUCUGUUCUUGUGAGCCAACAUGGUUCCUCUACGCUAACUGAAUGUAGAUGUGCAAAACACAGAACAUAGAAUUGUUUUAAAUAGAUUUGUCUCCCUAUUAAAAUUUGAAGAAGGUAGCACUCAAACACGUUUAACUGAAAGGAAAGAAAAGCUUCUUGUAAACGUUUGUAUGGUGCAGCUUAUUGUAGCAGGUGUGUAUCGAGUGUUCUGGUUUAUGAUAACAGGUCUCUGAUUAUAUAAGUGAGAAUAAAUAACCCAGAGGGGAUCGUUGUAUUUUCGUAAUGUGUUUUGUUUGGAUCCGUCAGCAGGUCCAACAUUUCAGGACUUUUACCCCACCUGGAAGUCCAGACCGAGGUAAAUGUUUCUGAUUAUAUAAUUUCCAUUUGCACAGCCAACUUUUGGCUUCCUGUUUUCACUUCACACGACAUAAAAAUGAGGACACGCUUUUUUUUAACCCCUAUUAAAUUUAAAGUUUUUCUCAAAACGUUCUCCAAGUGGGGAACCAGCUUCUUAUAGAAAGCACACAUUACUUCUGUUUGCAUGCAAUAACAGAAUAAUUUUAGAAUAAAACCAAAAAUGACCAGUGCAAACCUUUUCACUGAGCCACAGCACAGAGCACUGCUGUGUAACGAUGUGCUCUAACUCUGUAAUGGUCAAAGAUGUAAAAUCAAGUUACACCUGAGGGUUAUCUUCAGUUUACACACAGUAUAAAAGCUCAGAAAGCUUUGAGCUGAUGCACAGGAACGGACUGUGAGGCUGCAGACUAAGAGAAGAUAACGCAGACAGGAAGCUCGUCCGUUUGUUCAGGUGAAACUAGAGCUCUUUGGCCACAGAGACGCUGCUUAUGGGAAGAGGAAGAACAGAGAGGCGUACAACCCAAAGAACACCGUCCCCACAGUGAAACACGUGUAAGCAUCUAAAAUAAAACCAGGAUGUUUGGAAAAGCUGUGUCAAAAAUUCUUUUCUGACAAGUCUUAGAAAUAUUUAAAAAACUCCCUGCACAGUCACCAGUCUGUCCAGGGCUAACACACACAGACGGACAAUAACAUUCACACACACAAUUAACCUAACCCCACUAACUGCAUGAGUCUGGACUCUUUGGGUACUCCCACAGAGGAACAUGCCACCUCCACACAGAAAGGCCCCGCGUGGGGUUCAAAACCAGGAUUUUGUUGCUGCGAGGCAACAGUGCAAACCACUGCAGAAUGAUGACCGACCGACUAAAACAGAUGAAUAUUUGCUGGUUGGUGGUGUCGUGUGGGUUUAACAGUAUUACUGCUGAGCUGUGCUGUAGUGCUUUUUGGUUAUAUCACCUGGCGUCACUGCCAGCACUACUUCUAGUUGGUUUUCCUCUCUGUACUCCAAGGACCAAUCACUGGUAGUCGUGUAUACUUUUCCUCUGCAGGAUAUCUACAAGUCACUGGUCAGCACCGAGGUUAACCAUCGUCCCACCCACUCUGUUUGCUGAUGCGUAUUUACACAGGUCUAUUGGAGGGAACAGUAAAUAAGCGCAGCGUCAUGGUGGGGGGUAAAAUGAGGACGUUGUUAACUAGCUUAGCUCAUCCUGGCCUUGAAUGAUAGAACCAGGAUAAAAAGAUAAACAGAACAAAUAGCUAGUGCAGUGUUACCUGGAACUGCUACUUUCUUCUGUGGUUUUUGAGUCAUCACCUUUUGCACAUUUGUGCACGUAUAUCUCAAAAACCAUUAACGAUGAAAGCCUGAAAUGAUCACGGACUUGCUUUAUUUUGCAUUUUUGUGAAAUAUAAUUAAACGCCAUUCAGAAAUUGUCAGUAACUAUCUUUUGCAAUGUGAUUUUUUUUAUUGGUGUGUGCUUGAAUACAGGCCUUUACAGGACAGGAUACAAAGGAAGAUGAGAUGUAUGUCACGUGAUGAACUCGGACCUUGUGAUGUGGUUUAAGCACAGUUUCUGUGCAGCUAAAUGCCAUCCCCAGAGGCUUUUUUAACCUGUAAAAUCAGAACCUGCAAAGCUAACAGGUUGCAGAUGUCAGACGUGCUUCUUUCUUCCUUGUGUUUUCUUUAUAGAGAUGUAGGCCAACACAGACAGAGUUUACUAAAAUCAGUGAUGUGGUGGAGAAGCACAAGAAGGGGAUGAGCAGGCUCUACUUCCUAAGGAAGUUAAGAUCCUUCAUUGUGUGCGCCAAAAUGAUGAGAGCUGAUACCCUAACUGAGUGAAUUGAUUGGCUGUGGUGGAGAGGACGUGACCGUGACAGUGUUGUUCCAUGACGGAUACUGGACAUACUGGACAUGCAGCAGAGCUCCUUUUCAAACAGGCUGAUUCAGUUUUGCUGCCUCAAACACAGAGACAGAAAACUUUCACGCCUCAUGCUGCCACCUUCUAUAAUCCAAUAUAUCUGCUUCAGAGAUCAGCAUGUGACCUGUUACCACAAUACAACACAAUCUAAAUCACAUCGAGGUGACAGUAAUCGUUAUUCGCCAUUAUAAACAAAACGGAAUUAUUACGAUGAUGAUGAUUUCAACUACUGUCAGUGCGUUCUGUUUUAUUUUCAUUUUGCUGUGUGUGUUUUUGAUGUAAAUGUAAGUCCCAGAGACUGUCAUUUCUGAGCUUUCCCAUAAGACCGUAAGUCCUUUCUUUCAUUGUUGUUGGUGUUGCUUCUUUAAUCAUAUUUUAACUU